GGCGCUCGAUACGUGUGUGCGCGCACGCGCGUGUGUACAGAGGAGAGAGAGAGGAGAGAGAAAGGAUAGAGAGAGGAGAGAGAGAGAGAGAGAGAGAGAGGAGUGAGUGAGAGAGAGAGAGAGAGAGAGCGAUAGGGCAAGUAAAUGCAGGCUGCAGUGAGAGUGUCGCCAGUGCGGAGGUGACAGCGGAGAAUGGAGACGAGGCCGUCCGCCCGGCAAGCUGUGACUGCGGCGAGCGAGGACAACCUAACCCGCCUCAUUCCCUCUGGGACCAGUGUGCCGAAAAGAACCCAGAGGAAUUGAACUUUUUUAAAAGGGGCCGAAAGGACAGGAAUGGCUGAUCCUCUACGGAGGACUUUACUAGCGAAACUCCGGGGGAAGAAAUCCAGGAAAGGAGAGGCACUCGGCGCAGAAUCGGGCUCCACUGCUGCUGCUGUGGCGGCGAAUGUUGGCCGAGAAGGUAAAGAAAAAGUUGUGGAAAUGGAGCGAGACUUGGAAGUGUCGCUAUCAGGGCUGGAAUACUCGGCAGAGAGAAUAAGUACGUACGAGAAUUGUGCUGACGGGCCAGUGGUGCACGCCGAAGGUCGGGACUCGCUCCGGCGGGCUCGACCGGCGGAGUUAGCCGGCUCAUGUCCUCCGGACCUCGGCAGCGGGGGUAGGGUUCGGGUUAAUGGGCCGCUCCUGGGGGGCUUACUUCAAAGAGAGAUGCCGUUUGGGGGACGGAAGCCUGUUACGAGCCACUGGGAGCCUGCGACUAAUGACAGAAUUACCAUUUCAGGUUCAGGUGGGUUGUCGUUUGGAGAACCCCAGAAAAAACACUUUGUUUCAAUCCCUUGGCAGUGCAGCGUCGGGGAUUCAAUUGGGUUUGGGGACAGUUCAAGCCAUAUUUGUUCCUAUAAACAAACAGGGUUAAAUAGGGAGCACCAACAUGUGCCAAGAACUGUAGUUACUGUAAAUAUACACAACACAAAGAAGACUUUUGACAACCAGCAAAGUUUGGACACACCGUUGAUCUGUGGCGACACAGAAGAAAACCUGUUCCGAACAAUUGAGAGCUUUGACCCGGCAUAUUCCGAGGACUUUAAGGGCCCUUUGCAGAGCCCUGCCUUCUUCCCCACUGAGCUAGAAAUCUGUGAUAUUAACAUGGCAUCCAUGUGCACCACAAAAGGAUCACUCAGGCAUCCAUUAGACAGUGAGGAUGAUGAUUAUUAUGAUAAUGGGAUACUGCCUUUUUAUGAAGCUAUCAGAGCAAAAAGUGAUGGAGAUGCUGUGCCGCUGCCCAUCAUAGGUCAGGAUGAAGGACAGGCUGAUGAGAGUCAUAGUGCCCAGGAAACAGACAGGCUUAGGAACCAGCUGAAAGAGGCGUAUUAUCUUCUGAUUAAUGCUAUGAAUGAUAUCAGUCUGGAUGUCCAACAGGUUAGUAGUUUAACUGAGCAGCAAACCGCCUCUUCCUGUAGUAGCCACUCUCGGGAUAGCUUGUGCUCUAGGUUGUCUGCCAAGAUUAUGGACAGCGACUCUUGGUCCUCCGGGGGUGACCCCAGCCCUCAGCAGGUGUCUGACACUGACUCCCUCUUCCUGUGUCUAAGUGGCAACCUUGAAACAGACCUUCAAAGUAAACUCAAUAGUAAGAGCAUGCUGGACCUAUCUGUUGUUAAGAUAAAACCCCCUUUAGUGCGCUCUGCUAGUGACGGAGCCAUCAGGUAUCCAGGUGAACCUUUGCAGUGCACAAAUCCUCAUAGAACCAACCCAGUCAUCCGUGAUGAUGAAUUGAUUCCACAGUCAAAAUCAAAUAAAGACAGUAACAAUUUUGAAAUAGUGGGUGACCCCUCAAACUGUCAGAUGGUCUGCAAUGCCAUCAGCAAUGAGGAGUGUUUUCAAGAAGCUGAUGGUGAGCACUUUGAUGAAAGCAGCGGUUCAGUCAAUAGCCUCACAGGUUCUUCUGACAGCAACACAGAGGCAUCAGCAACUCCAGAUCACGACGACAAGCAGCAGUUGACUGUCCUAGCGCGGGGAACCAACUCUGUCAACAAGGGCCAAGGUGUCACUGUAAACAAAAUGCAAGAGUGGAUGCACAAAGGCCGCCUUUUGUCGUCCGAAAUGAAGCAACGCAUAGAGGGCUCAUCCACGGCACGCGGUGAGAGCCAAAAUCCCGAGCGACCCUCUCCGCAGACGACCCACGGGGCGGGUAAGCCGGGUGUCCAAACAUCCUGCAGAGUGGUAAAAUCUGUCAAGUCCGCUGGAAGCAAGAUACCAUGGCAGCCAGCUCUCAUUGAAAAUGCCCAAACUCAAGGGGCUGCUAGGACCAAUGAGCUUUCAACAUGGCGACCACACCUCCACACCAUCACAGUCGCAAAGAAGCGCAACUGGCUGCAGCAGAGCUCCCUCGGAAAGAACCAUUGCACUACGGAUGAGCUGCAAGGCAAGCUAGGAGCUGAGGAGGAGGUCUGCCAGUGCUCCACAAUGCUGCCUUCUACUCCCAGUCCCUCCCCAGAGCAGCUGAGAGCUUCAGGGGGAGCACCUUCACAGCCAGUUCAUCUGCGCCUACCCAAGGUUAACCUUAAGGUAAGCGUCAGUCAGUCCACGGGGUCGCCUAACCCAAGGAGUGUGGAUCCAGCAGAGGAGAACGAUGCAGAUGACGAAGGCGAGAUUUGGUACAACCCAAUCCCUGAGGAUGAUGAACAUGAGGCGUCCAGGAGACCCUCUGUCCGGCAUCUCAUUCCCCAUAGGAAUGAGCCCCAGAGGCGGCCCAGCAGGGAACGGGAUGCGGCUCACCUUGGACAAACCCUGGACAACAGCGGGCCAGAGUCGCUCGAGGAAAGUAGUUCAGGAGAUCAGGGGAAUGCUGCACAUUCCACAGAGUCGCUACAUCUGCACAGGCAGAUGCUUGCGUGCAAACCACAGGAGGAGGGAGGACCUUUUUCCAGCAAGACUAUAGAUGUUCCAGACGUUACCAAUACCCUUGGCUUCUCCCCUCCCUCUAGCCCAAACCCUACUAAAAAGAGCAGCUCCAUAAACUGGUCAUUCCCCGACAAGAUCAAGUCCCCGCGCACAGUCAGGAAGAUCUCCAUGAAGAUGAAGAAGCUUCCAGAGCUGAGCCGGAAACUCAGUGUCAAGGGCCAAAGCAGCAGUAACAGCAAUGGGAGUGGUCAUUUAGAGUCCAGAUCCCAUUCACUCCGAGCCACAGGUGGGGGGUCUGAAGCCACCACCCAAAUAUCAGGCCCUCAAAGGUUAGCUGUAUCUGGAAUUGGGCAGGCCAGACGAAAUGUGAUCUCACGCUAUCACCUCGACAGCAGCGUGUCCACGCAACACAGCUUCAACAAGAAGAAAAACAAUGGGAGCUCCAAAUCCACCAGUAAAGGGGGAUACUUGAGCGAUGGCGAUUCACCAGAGCUUGUGGCUAAAUCUGGGAAGCACAGCUGUGUAGAAAGUAAGGUGGGGAGAAGUAAGGACACAGAUGGAACUGGUGGAAGCUCAAAACUAAAUGGCACGGAUUUGGACAUUGAUGCUUUCCGACAUUACAGCUUCACAGAGCAGCCCAAAUGUAGCCAGUACAUCUCUGGAUUGAUGAGUCUGCACUUUUAUGGUGCAGAGGACCUGAAACCGCCUCGCAUUGACUCUCGUGACGUUUACUGUGCCAUCCAAGUGGACUCAGUUAAUAAAGCAAGAACUGCCCUGCUCACAUGUCGAACUACCUUUUUAGACAUGGACCAUACCUUUAACAUCGAGCUCGAAAAUGCUCAGCAUCUGAAGCUGGUCGUUUUCAGCUGGGAGCCCAUGCCAAGACGAAACCGCGUCUGCUGCCAUGGCACGGUGGUCCUGCCUGCACUCUUCCGGGUAACACGUUCCCACCAGCUGGCGGUCAAGCUGGAGCCUCGCGGGCUUAUUUACGUCAAGCUGGGCCUGAUGGAGCAAUGGCAGAACUCUUUGAAUGGGGGACCAGGUGGAGACCGUAAACCCCAGGUGUUUGGUGUGGAAGCGUGGCGAGUGGUGGAGAGAGAGGACUCCGGACUCAUGGUGCCGCUGCUCAUAAGAAAAUGCAUCAACGAGAUUGAGAAACGAGGUUAUCAGGUGGUGGGGCUCUACCGUCUUUGUGGCUCCGCAGCUGUAAAGAAGGAACUACGAGAGGCUUUUGAAAGAGACAGUUACGCUGUGGAGCUUUGUGAAAACACCUAUCCUGACAUCAAUGUCAUCACAGGUGUACUAAAGGACUACCUACGAGAGCUACCCUACCCUCUGAUCACCAAGCAGCUGUAUGAGGCAGUAUUGGACUCCAUGGUCACCAGACCUCUGAGGAUGGGAGCAGGGGGCUGUGAGAAUGACCAGGCCGACUCAGAACACACCGUCAGCUUGCUGGACAACUUGCCUGAGGUGGAGCGGAUGACACUGCGGAUACUUCUCGACCACCUCAAGUUGGUGGCGUCCCACCAGGAAGUGAACAAGAUGACCUGUCAGAACCUGGCGGUGUGUUUCGGCCCCGUGUUGCUCAGCCAGCGCCAGGAGGCGUCCUGUCACAGCAACCGGGUCUUCAUCGACUCAGAGGAACUCGCUAGUGCGCUCCACUUUAAAAAGCACAUCGAAGUCUUGCACUACUUGCUGCAGCUGUGGCCAGUUGUGGACCCUCAUGAUCAGUCCGCCUCGCCCGAAGCCUCCGACUCGCUCACAGCCCCUCCCCUACGGCGGCGAAAAGAGCGCCCUCAGGUGUUAAACCUCACAGAAGCUGAGAUGGCCGGCGUCCUGCGUCCCAAAGCAGGACGCCUCGACAGCCCGAGCAACCGCUACGCCGGCGACUGGAGCGGCUGCGGCGAGAGCUACUUCCCCUCCGAGACGCCACUUCCUUCCGGCAAAGAGGAGGCGGACUACGACGACGUGCCCUCAGAGGAGUCAGACGCAGAACCACCCGAGGACGCUGCGAACCCUUUGCCUGGUCCUGCAGAUCAGGACGCGGUGCAGGAGGAGGAUGAGGAGGAGAAGGAGGAGGAGGAAGCGGAAGAGGAGAAGCAGGAAGAGAAUAAGAAGGAGGAGGAGAAGGAGGAGGAAGAGAAGGAAAGUGUGUGCGAGCACAUCUUACCUCCGAGGCUCCCCACGUAUCAGACUUACAUGAAGAUGCAGGACAUCAGCCCCGUGCUGAGCGACAGGGUCAACCUGAGAGACCUUCAGGAGAGCAUCGACACUCUGAUCGGGAACCUGGAGAGAGAACUCAACAAGAACAAGAUCAACGUGGGAUAUUAACGUCUCUCUUCUUCAAUCUGAGAAAAACAGAACAUGGCACUUCUCUUCCCCCACACACAUUCCUGACUUCUUCUUUGACUCGGCUCACGUUUCACGUUGUCGCUUUUCUUCUUAUUAGAAGAACCCCUCGACCCUCUCAGGGCUUUAAAAGGUGCCUUAAUUGUGUGAAGGUGGUCCGCCAUGUAGAAAACUCAGAUAAUCAGUCGUGUUAAAUAGAAAGUUGCUGCCAGGAUUAAGAGAAUGUUUUUGUUUUUUUUCCUGGCUGGCUUUUGAAGCAACAUUCGUCAUGCGGAACACUUUCGCAUCUUUUCAGCAGUAGGAAAGAAUUUCAGACGCUUUCGAUCAAGUGUUAUAUUCCAACAAAAAUAGGUAAUCGGGGUAUUAAAAGAAAAAAAGUGCUGAGAAAACCCAUCAUCAGACAAAAAAAAAAGAAGCCCUGCGUCAUCAUUUUUUUUAGGGCCGUUAUUAACAGGCAGACCUUACUCCUGAAGUUUCCACGGGGAAAACUUUGAAGAUUUGUCUGCUUUCCAGCAUGAAAGCUUAUAUUUAUUAAGUGGGAUUGUGUCAUAUUGCACUCGGCUGUCAGCAACGUUGAUUAUUUAGCACACAAAAUGUGAACAACAUUCCCCUUUUAUGAGUUUGUUAUGUGUUCUCAUAUUGAAGAUUCCCUUUGAAGCUCUCACGCUGACAUUUCCAACACGCACAUGUGUACAACAUGAACGCACUUAAAAAGUUUGUUAUUGUAGUUCAGGGGGGGCAUACUGAGAAAAGAGUAUUGUUGGCAGCAUUAUAAAAAAACAAAUAUGGAUAAAAUUAUUAUUUUGACCCACUUGUCAACUAUCUCCCCAGGCUAGAUUUUAGUUGAAAAAGAUUAUGCUGGUGGUUCUCAAUUUUGUAAUUAAUGAUAUAAUAUUGAGAAGCUAAUAUUUAUUUGCCUGUCUGUACAAAUCACUGUAUGAGUUGCUGCAUACAACCACCUGCUUAUACAAAUACAAACCCCGUUUCCAGAUGAGUUGGGAAAUUGCGUUAGAUGUAAAUAUAAACGGAAUACAAUGAUUUGCAAAUCCUUUUCAACCCAUAUUCAAUUGAAUGCACUACAAAGACAACAUAUUUGAUGUUCAAACUCAUAAACUUUAUUUUUUUGUUGCAAAUAAUAAUGAACUUAGAAUUUCAUGGCUGCAACACGUGCCAAAGUAGUUGGGAAAGUGCAUGUUCACCACUGUGUUACAUGACCUUUCCUUUUAACAACACUCGGUAAACAAUUAGGAACUGAGGAGACACAUUUUUUAAGCUUCUCAGGUGGAAUUCUUAGCGACCAACUGUAGUUACUGACAGUGGGUUUCUGAAGUGUUCCUGACCCCAUGUGGUGAUAUCCUUUACACACUGAUGUCGCGUAUUGAUGCAGUACAGCCUGAGGGAUCGAAGGUCACGGGCUUAGCUGCUUACGUGCAGUGAUUUCUCCAGAUUCUCUGAACCCUUUGCUGAUAUUACGGACCGUAGAUGGUGAAAUCCCUAAAUUCCUUGCAAUAGCUGCUUGAGAAAGGUUUUUCUUAAACUGUUCAACAAUUUGCUCACGCAUUUGUUCACAAAGUGGUGACCCUCGCCCCAUCUUUGUUUGUGAAUGACUGAGCAUUUCAUGGAAUCUACUUUUAUACCCAAUCAUGGCACCCACCUGUUCCAAAUGUGCCUGUUCACCUGUGGGAUAUUCCAAAUAAGUGUUUGAUGAGCAUUCCUCAACUUUAUCAGUAUUUAUUGCCACCUUUUCCAACUUCUUUGUCAUGUUUUGCUGGCAUCAAAUUUUAAAGUUAAUGAUUAUUUGCAAAAAAAAAAAAGUUUAUCAGUUUGAACAUCAAAUAUGUUGUCUUUGUAGCAUAUUCAACUGAAUAUGGGUUGAAAAGGAUUUGCAAAUCAUUGUAUUCCGUUUAAAUUUACAUCUAACACAAUUUCCCAACUCACAUGGAAACGGGGUUUUAGAAUGAGUACAUAUAUUUGCAACAAAUUAAAACAAUUUAAAUAGUAAGUUUAUCAACUCAAUUUGCAAUAUUUAAAAACAAGACGUAUUGUUCAAGCAUGAAUAAAAACACAUAAGGGCAAGGAAAAACUCACAACCCAAACAAACAAUCAAACACACAUAACAAGGUUCUAUUUAAUGACAGGAAUCACUUUUUGUGUAAAAUAUCGGAUUUUACAAAAAAAAUCCUAGCCUGCAGUGUGUACAUACGCUCAAUAAUCAUGCGCCAUGGCUCACUACUGCCUCGUGAGGACUAAACUGGCAUUACAGGAGAUGGCUCCUCUUCUUCAGUGCCCAAACAUUGCUUACAAAAAUACAUAAAAUACUAUUUUGAUCUUCUCCAUUUUGUAAAAGACAUGCAUUCAUUAUUUAUUUACUCAAAUUCCUCACAACGUAACACGGUGUCAUUGCGUUCAGCUAAAUGUGAACAUUCUGACUUAGCUGCCAAAAUCAACAAUUCUCAGCAAUCCAGGGAUGGAUUCCUAAAAGACAGUAUUUAACCUAUAUGAUGAUGUAUAUAUUAUUGUACGUGUAUUGGGAGCUUGUAUUUAAAUACUUCUUGUAGCAAUAGUUGCUUUUCUGCCCUUCGUGCUACCUGUACACAUCUUAACGUGCUGGAUUCAUGGUACAACUUAAGCUGUAAAAUUGAUGCUAAAACAGACAAUAUAUUGUUAUUUUUGUUAUAUUGUGUAUAUAGUUGACUUUUUUUUUUUUUUUGGUCUCCAGUGGACUGAGCUGUGUUCAGCGUUUUUUCGUGUUGUGAUAUAUUUUUUAAGGUACUGGCGGACGCCGCACGGUCAAAAGCUUUACUGAGACAAAUAAGGCUAUUUCUCAUCUGCGUUUGUAUUUAUGUGUAAAAAGAUUAUUUUGCAAUGGACGCUUGUUUGUCGCCAUGUUUUCACAUUAAAAAUGCCACAAGCAAAACAUCCCUGAAAUAAAAACACAAUAUUACCUUGUAUUGAUCCUGAGUGGUGUAUGAUCAUACAGUAAUA